ACCAGUUACAAAGAUAACUCCUUGCUGUUUAAACUGCGCAGCUGCAUAAAGCUAGACAGAAUGGGCAUAAAUUACGGAAUUUUACGGAGUUUUGGUGGUCACGUGACUUUACAACAUGACGUAUUUCCUCUUGUUUAUGUGUAUUCUGAAGAGAUUGACUGAUUAUGUAUUUUAUGGUCUUCUGUCUCGAAAUUUGUAAAUUAUGGGAAAUACAGACACUAAACUGAAUUUCAGGAAAGCUGUAAUUCAACUGACAACAAAAACACAAGUAUUUAAUUUUAUCAGGAAAAUUUUAUACUCUUUUUAAGGCUUUGAGUUUAUAAUAAUAAUAGUAAUAGUUAAUAGAGCAGACUUAAUCUUAAUUUGGCCCUAAUCUUAAUUCUUAAUAUAAUACUUGUUACUGCUUUAAAUUUAAAGACUUUGCAUAACUACUACUAAGUACCUAACUCAACUCAGUCAACUGUUUUCAGUUACUAGUAUUACUAUACUGUUACUGUUACUAUACUAGACUAGACUAGUGUUACCGUCAGUACCCGAAAGUACUGUCUGAUAUUAUAUUAAAUAAGGUAAAUUAAAUUAAGUCAACUGUAAAAUAAAAAUAAUAAAGUGUAAAAGUAAAAAUAGAUACUUCGGUAAACCAAGGGAGGCUACUACUUUUUGUGUAUUGGAAUUGGCAAUCUGCGCCGAAAAAUCAGAGUUUUUAAUUUUCCGAUGUGUGUCUAUUUAUUAUUAAAUGAGUGCUUUCGACAUAUAUUUGAGUUCCAUUUCCGGCCUUAUAAUUUGGAAGACAUCUUGGCCUACAUUUCUAGCCAGCUAUUUUGCUUUUUUCAAUCGACCUUUAUUUUGAAAAUCUUUGGUAUAUAUAAGGCAUCUUCGCAUACAAAAUUUUUUGGUAAAUAAUAAGAUAAGGCCCUUUUUGAUUAAAUCUGUAUGAGCAUUAGAUAUUGAUCUAUAUCUGUGCCAAGUUUCAUUGAUGUAGGUAGUGUCUCACGUUUUUUACGCUUGUCACAGUGACCCAUAUCAUCAUAAGGUGGCUCAGCCUAAUUUCGACAUGACGUGGGUCACGCCCCCCUUUUUAAUGGCGGAAGUUGACGAUACUUAGGAAAUAUUUAAUUAUUACCAUUAUAUACAUCAAAAUAUAUAGAAUGCAUUUUGAAGACAUUUAAACUGGAAUGUUUUAAUUUGAGCUUUAAAAACCCUGUAGAGUCCAUAUUAUAAAUGAUCAGAAUUUUCCCUGUGCAAUACGUUGUCAUUGGCAACCAUUCACAGUCACUUGCAUAGCGGCUAUAUCGUAGUACUAUCUCAGAGUUUCAUUCAUAAGAGUUUGCCGUGUGCAAAAGCUAUUAAACCAUUGGUCAGGGAAGCUUUAAUUAAUUAUUCAUGUGCCAAAGUUGAAAGUUUAAAUUAAGUCGACCCUAAACAGUAUUUUAGUGAUAAGGGAAUGCGUUGCUUUAUAUAAACUAUAUAGUCAUUGCGCAUGACGCGAUCAGCCGAAUGAGGUCACAGAAUGUGGAGAUGCAGUCCAUGUUAAAAAAGGACAAACCAAGUCGUACUUUAAAAAUUCAUAACUUUAAAACUACAACAGCUAAAAAUAUGAUUUUGGUGUUAUAAUUCUGUAAAAAAUUUGCUCUAUUCAACUGUGCCAUUGGUUUAUUUUUACAAAAUGUUUAAAUUUUGGACCAAAGUAUCUAGUAAAAGUCUAAACUAAAGGGAAGAAGAGUAUCAGUGCUGAGUCAGCUAUGUAAAUAAAGAAUGUGUCAGUAUCAGUGAGAAUGAGUGAUCAAUUUUGUAAAUUAGUAAAGACAAAAAAUUAGGCUGAGGGGGUCUAAAAAAGUGAGGUAAAUGCAAAUUGGUGCCAUGACAUAUGAUGGUCGUAUCACACGGCCGCCUUCUUAGUUGCCACGACACGUGAACAUUUAUAAUUCACUGUCACUAAACCUAACCUGAACCCUAACCUAACCUGAACCCUAACCUAACCUGAACCCUAACCCUAACCUGAACUCUAACCUAACCUGAACCCUAAAUAUAUCCCUAAUGGCACCAAUUCUCUGUAUUAGCCAAAAGGGACUUAGACUUAGUAAAUUUAGUUAAUUGUAAACUUAAGGAAUUUGGUACCACCCUUUUCUAUGUGUUGUGUACUACUUUUUUUUACUGGCCUCCAUCUUUAUAGCCUUGAGAGGAGAUAUGACAAGAUAAAGUGGUAACCAACACGGGUAGUGGAAUGUAUUGAGAAAGGGAGACAUCGUGUUUUAUUUAGCUCCUACAGUUACAGAUAUACAGUAAAAGAAGAAAAAAUAAAGUGCUUUAAUUUUUUUAAAAUAAAAAUUAGCGAUACAUUAAUAUAGCUAACUGAACUAACUAACUUGAAACUUUGAACGUUAAAAAGAUGAUCAACCACAUCUUUAUUUACUUUCUUACUUUGAAAGGCACUACUGUAUAAAGAUUUUAUAUUUAGUUUUCUCUAUUUGUUCUUAACCAGUGAGUUGUUUUUUCUUUUCAGCCGAUUGAAGCCAAUGAUGAAGCAUUCUGGGAGCAAUUUUGGUCUGAAAGUGUCACAUGUGUACAGGAUGUUUUUACCCUCAUACCCGCAGCUGAAAUACGAGCACUUAGAGAAGAAUCACCAUCCAACCUAGCAACUCUAUGCUACAAGGCUGUGGAGAAAUUGGUAACAGCAGCUGAGACAGGAUGUCCAUCUCAACGAGAGCAGCAGACAGGUGGACAAUUUUAACAUUGUGAAUAUAUGUGCUAUUAGAUGUAUAUAUUUUUUCUUUAACCUUUUCCAUAUCUUAGAUUUAAAAAAAAAAAGGGAAGAAAAACCAAGCUUUUCAGGACCGCUUUUACAUAAAAACCACACUCAAGCUGGGGAUUUAUAGGGACUUAUCUUAAAACUGCCUGUAACUUUUUAUUUUAUAGAUUACCUAACAUGUAUAUUAUGACUAAUAAACUUCAUCUCUGAAUGAAGUUUCGGAAUAUGCUCAUCUAGAUUGUAAAGGUGGAAGCCAGUGUCAUGGUUUCACUAAGUUGUAAUUAAACACAUGGCACUUGUUAUCUGGAGUUAUGUCAAGUUCAAAUGGUACAGGAAGGCCAGUGCUGGGUAUUUAAAAAAACCAAACAAAUAUCCCUGUACAUCUACUUUCAUAGGUAGCAAAAGGCUUAAUGCUACUUACACCAUAAACUCAUUAAAAGGUUAAAAAAUUGGGCAUUGGGUGGAUAAAUUUGUUAUUUUUGGAGAAUUAAGAAAUUUAAAUUUAAAAACUAUUUCAUUAAGAAAUGUUUCUUUCAGUUUUGAAUUGUGUGCGACUUUUAACACGUAUACUGCCCUACAUAUUUGAAGAUCCUGAUUGGAGGGGAUUUUUUUGGUCUACUCUACCAGGUCAAGAAGAAGGGGAGGUAAGUUUUUUUUCUCCUCAAGUUUGAAAACAUUACAUAUUGUGUUGAUUUGAUUUUGAAAAUAUAUAAAGCUGUUAAGAAGCUAUUCAGAGAGCAAGAAAUGUAGAAACAUGCUCAUGUCUUGAUUUAGCAAUCAGUAUUUUGUAGAAUACUUAUAUUGUUUAAAGCUUGACAUUCUCUAUCCAAGGGUGACAGUCCUCCUUUGGCUCAGUCCCUUAUUGCAGCUGUUUGUGUAAGUAGGACAAUUAACUUACAAAAACAAAUUUGAAGCAUGUUACAAUUGCAUUAAAAACUUAGCAUUAACAACUUAGCAUUAACCAUUCCUAUACAUUCAGUUAAAACUUAUUACUUUUGUAAACUCUUUGCUGAAUUGAUGUGUUCUUAAUUGAUACAUUUUGUUAUUUGUUUCCAGGAUUUACUUUUCUGUCCAGAGUUUACUGUGGCAACUUCAAGGAAAUCUGGGCCAGUAAGUUCAAACAUUUUAAAGUGGGUUUUAUGAAUAGUAAUACUUAAGUUAAAAAUCUGUUGUCACUCAGGAUAAGUGAUGGUUUAAUUAUUUAUUUUUAUGCUUAUGUAAGUACCAGACAUUACCUUUAAUAAUAUGAUGAAAUUUCAACAUAACACCUGUGAAUUAAUUCUCUCAAGUUCUGGGAAUCAACUUGAAGAACAGUAUGUCAUUAUGUGUCAGAUUUAUUUGUUUUUGUCUUGGAUGCUAGGUAUUAAAUGAAUGUUAAACAAUAUCUGCUUAUGCAAAAAGAACACUGUUUGAUUGAUUUAACCUAUUUCUCAGGAUAAUCCUGAAGACAUGGGCACUAUUGACAGUUGUGAGUAUAUCUGGGAAGCUGGAGUUGGCUUUGCCCAUUCACCACCACACAAUUCAUUUCAUGACCAGAACAGAAUGGAACUUUUGAAGUUGUUGUUGACCUGCUUCUCAGAGACAAUGUAUCUGCCACCUGUUGGUAAGAUUUUCUUAGUGUUAUUUAAAAUUUUACUAGAUCAUUCCUAUUUUCUUUACUUAGGUCUUUCUAAUAGUUACAUGAAUAAAUAUUACAUCAGUUCAAUGAUAUUCUAGAUUUUGUUUAUGUUUCAUUGUCUUGUUAAAUGAUAAAUUCACCUUUAUGUCUGUGGCUUGGAACUUUUCUUUAAAAGGCAUGCCUAUAAUGUUAUGGAAAUGAAAAACAUCUGUAUAACAUCUGUAUAACAUCUGUAUUUUUUCACAGCUGACGCACAUGUUGUUCCAAAUCAAUGGAUUCAGUUUUUCACCUCUACUGAGAAUAGGCAAGGAUCUUCAUUAUAACAUUUGUUUUCCUCAGUUAAUUUUUUGUUUUCAUCAUUAUGUGAUAAAAAAUAUUCCUGUUUUGGUUGUAUCAAAAUUAAUGAAAAUAUUAUAGGAAUUUGAUUGUAUCAAAAGUAAUGAAACUAUUAUAGGAAUUCGAUUGUAUCAAAAGUAAUGAAAAUAUUAUAGGACUUUGAUUGUAUCCAAAGUAAUGAAAAUAUUAUAGGAAUGAUAAUUCUUGAUGCAGUUUUACUUUCUUGUAAUAAAAAAAAAAAUUAUUUAAAAAAAAAAAGAAUUACAAAAAAAAAAAUCUCAAUUAUUUUAAACAUCUAUUUUGUGACAAUACUAAUGUGUUCACACUGAUUGCAAUUACACAAGGAAAAAGGAGGAUUCGCCAGACACAAAGCCAAAGUGAAUAAUUUUUAAAUAGGUAGUAUUUUUGCCAUUAUUGGAUAUGAUGGAGAAAAACUAGUUUUCCCUUUCAUUUGCAGACAUGCCCUGCCAUUAUUCACAUCCCUACUAAAUUGCUUAUGCUCCUAUGACCCUGUUGGCUAUGGUGUACCCUACAAUCACCUGAUGUUUACUGACUCCCGUGAACCACUUGUUGAGGUGGCAUUACAAGUGCUGUGUGUCACAAUGGAGAAUGAUUCGAAUGCUCAGCCUGUCUCAGUGGAUGGUACAAGUGGUGGGACAGCUAUGGAUCAGACUGGUGAGGUAAGGAAACUUGUGGGUAGGAAAAGGGUGACCUUUUGGUGUUAUUCUACUUUGUGAGAAAAUGGAUUUAUACAUUUUAAUGAUUAUAUUAGUACUCAGAUUAUGUUGGAAAGAAAAAUGCAUUCUAUCAUUGCAAAAUGCUUGUAUUUUUAAUUUUUAUACAUAAUGGUUAACACAUCAUGAAAUAUUUUUCCUAGAGCUAGAGGGAAAUCAAAAUGAUGGAUGAUAAUAUUAAAUUUUACAGACAACAUUUUGUUCAUCUCUUACCAAUAGACUAUCUUAAAUCUUAAGUUAUGAUGUAUAAAAAUUACUAGAUAAGCUCAAGAAGUUAACUUCUCAUAUUUACAUUUAAAAUUAUUUUUUUAUAUUUCAGGGUGGUGGAUCGGAUAAUCUGUUCUUAAAUUACUUGUCAAGGAUUCAUAGAGAAGAGGUAAAAUUAGUUUGAAUGGGGUCAUAGCCGCUUUGUGUAAACCACAAUUUGUCUGUUGAGAGCAAGAUUCUCCUAAGUGCCAAAUCAAACGUUAUCCUGUAUGUAGAUUUAUCUAGUGGGCCAUAAAUGUGUCACAAACACACACACACAUACAAAAACACCCACAAACUGUUUUUGACUUUGCAAAGCUGCAAUAGUGAGUAUUUGAUAUUGAAUAUAUUAUUUAAUAUCAUAGGAAGUUAGAAAAAUGACAAAACUCAGUGCUGGUCAAUUUGUCGUUUAGUACAUUCUUGCUCUCAGGGGACAAAUCAUUAUUGAUUUAUGUUGAUUUAUAAAUCAAUGCCCAGUUGCCAAUUGAUAACAUAAUACAACUGUUGCUAAAUAGAAUCUGGGCUUUAUUUCAAGAAUAAUUCAAAGCUAUGCAACUUGCUUCCAGUUCUGUUACUUUAACAGAAUUACUCCAUUCAAAUAUUAAAACUACCAACGUUUUUCGUUCAGGAUUUUGCAUUUAUAUUGAAAGGCAUCACCCGCCUGCUUAAUAACCCACUACAACAAACAUACCUCCCAGGAUCUUGUAAGAGGAUUCAGUUCUACCAAGAGUUGUUGGUUUUGUUUUGGAAGAUGUGUGACAUCAACAAAGUGAGUAUUAAAUGUAAAGUAAACUAUUUUUUAUUAGGAGUGAAUUACAUUGUUUAGUCUCUAAGUUAACUCUAAUUAACGAUCUCAUUUAAAAGAAAAUUAAAUUUGUGGUAGAGUGUGAUUUAUUAAAUGCUGCAACCCAAGUGACAGCUGAUAAUGUAUUGAAAUUGAAGGUGUAAUGUUUUGAAACAUUAAAUCCUAUUUAAAUAUACCUUGAGAUAUUUUAUGUACGCUACUGUAAAAACAUAAUAAUUGGUGAAAUACUAAAUUUUAUAUGCAGCUUAUUAAGGAGCACUAUCAGUUAAAUCUUACGAAGCAAAUUUGAGCAAUAAAAAUAAUUACGUUGUGUGUAUUUUUAUUUUGAUGUUGCUUUAUUUUAUCUCAUAACAUCUCACCAAUUAAUUAUUAUGUGCAAAAGAUACAAACAUAAAGUCUAUUUUUAUUCUUCUGUGCAAUGGAAAAAGUCUGUAAAUUGACAUGGUUUCCCCUUUAAUAAUAUAGUUGAUUUUCUCAUUGGCUAUCAGCUUUUACAUUGAGUUAUAAAAAAAUGUAUUUUCAAAAGUUUUAAAAGUUAUAUUGCAUAAAGAGAAAAACAAAACUGUCAAACAUUUAUUUACUCUAGAAAUAGAAUACAUUGAAUUGAUUUAGUUAGAUGCACUUUAAGACAUUAUGUAUAUAUAAAUUUUCUUUUUCUUUUCCAGAAAUUCAUGUUUUUUGUACUGAAGAGCAGUGAUGUUUUAGACAUCCUAGUUCCCAUCCUCUACAACCUAAAUGAUGCUAGGGCUGAUCAGUGUAAGUUUGAUUACAAUAAUACUGAUUAUUUCUCUCAUAUUUUUUUUAUAGAGCAUGUAGAGAGGUUCUAAACAAUUUUUCAUUUUACUGUAGCUCGCGUUGGUUUGAUGCACAUAGGAGUAUUUAUCCUUCUUCUGCUCAGUGGGGAGAGAAACUUUGGUGUUCGACUCAACAAGCCAUACUCUGUUAGAGUUCCUAUGGACAUUCCUGUCUUCACAGGAACACAUGCUGAUUUCCUCAUUAUAGUGAGUUAGCCAUUUUAGACCCAAUUAUUUAGGUUUUAUUGCUGUUUCAUUUCCUUUAUACUCUUGUUAUAUUUUUGUAUAAAUAACUGAAUAAUCACACAGCUUUGAUUUAAAGAAAAAAAAAAGUGAUUUCUCACUCUGUUAAAUAAAGGAAUAAUAUACUUUUAGGUAUUCCAUAAAAUAAUCACAACUGGACAUCAACGUCUACAACCUUUGUUUGAUUGCCUCCUGACCAUCAUUGUCAAUGGUGAGUUGGCUAAUUCUUACCUAACAGUUGAAUGGCACAUUGCAUGUAAAAAGGGGAUAAAAAACACAUAAAAUAAUGGUAAUAUUCCACAGAAUUAUAGGUGAGAUUCUAUGUAAUAUCAUUGAAAUAAUGUUUUAGUAAAUUAGCAAUGAAUGUUCAUUCAUAUGUUUGUGAAAUGUCUGCCUUUACAUAUCAUCUGAUUGCCAACUCUUCAUUUGUUAUUUCUAACAUCCUCAAUGUAUUGCAGUGUCUCCAUAUUUAAAGACCCUUUCAAUGGUGGCCAGUACCAAACUUCUACAUUUACUUGAAGUAAGUUUAGUAACUGCACUUGAUUACUCAAGAUUUCACUGCAUAGUUUUGAUUGUGGUUUGUACCCUUGUCUUCGUCAUUGAUCUUUGACAUAAACUGAUUUAUCAUUGGAGGAAUCUCACAUUUUACAACUACAAGCACAAAAUACUGUACAAGUACAAGGACUAAACACUGUACAAGGACUAACUUCAUUUUUCUCUCUGAUCUAUAUGCAUAGUUUUAAUGAUUAGCUUGUAUAUUGUGUGACAUAAUUUAUUCUUAGUUGAUGUAUACAAAAUUGGUGUUGUAUUUAUUACCCCAGGCAUUCAGUACACCAUGGUUCCUAUAUGCCAGUGCAACCAACCAUCAUCUGGUAUUUUUUCUUCUGGAAGUAUUCAACAAUAUUAUUCAGUAUCAGUUUGAUGGUAAGAGUUAGCCUUUUACUUUUAAUUUUUAUUAACUUAAAAUUGUCUGCCCGAUUCCCCAACUAAUUUACAUGAAUAAGACAACAACAUCUUUAUGAGGAUUAGAUAAAUCUAUGAUAAAAUAUUUAUUAAAUUUCUUUUAUUUACAUUACUAAUUAUAGUCUUCUUCUUCUCAAAUAGGUAAUGCAAAUCUUGUUUACACCAUUAUUCGUAAGAGGAAUGUGUUUCACCAACUGGCAAACUUGCCCAUAGAUCACUCUGCAAUAGCAAAAGCGAUGACAAAACGGGGUAAAAAGUUUGCACCCCCUCCUCAAGAUACUCGAGACCCCCAGACCAUGGAGGGAGCACAACCUGCCCUAGAGGCAGAACCAGGGACAUUGAAGGUCACAUUAGCAGCAACGCCACGUAAGUCAAAUAUUAGGACAAACUUUUCUGAGCUCUCUACUUCAGUGCCUUAACUCUCUGCAAUCUGACGUUUUUUUCACAUUUCUUAAAAAUCUUAAGGUGAUUUUUUAAAAUAAUUAAUUAACUGAUCUGAAAUAGCUCUGAUCUGAUCAGUUAAGAUAUUAACUUGUUCAUCUUUGACUCAGCUAUCAUUAGAUAUUUUUUGUAUAUUUUAUUUUCUUAGUUAUAAAAAUAAUUGAAACAUUAUUGGAGAAUUAUUUUUUUUCAUUUUAUGCAAAGUUUUGACAAAAUUUUCACACAGAAUGAAGGAACAAAAAAAUCCUUGUUAUAAAAGAUUUAAAAUUUAUUUAAAUAAAAUACUUCAUCAUCUAAUACAAUUCAUAGUCAAACAUGACAAACAUUCUAUGAACAAUCAAAAAGUUGUCAACAUUUUAACAAAACCUAUAUUUUGUCUUUUUUUCCUAAAAAAUGCACUAUAAUUUUUCUUUUAAUUAAAAUUAUGUUUUGUAUGUAAUAUAUUUAAAAAAAUGGGCCUCAUAGCUUAUAGAUUUGUAUAUUAAAUAUAUUUCUUAAUAAUUCUUGAGUAAAAGAUAACUAAGUAAAAUUUGAUGAUUAUAUAAAUAACUCAAAACAAGAGUCAACGUUUUUUUUUAAAUUUUAAAAUAGCGGUAUUCGCUGAUGUUAAAGUUAAAAAAAAAUUAAAAUGUUUCAGUACAAUAAUGAUCCAAUAUCUGCAUUUUUGUCUCUCUCUCCUCCUUCCCAUUAGAGUUAGAGAGCUUUUAAUAAAAAUAUAAAUGUUGUUUUUUUAUUCUGCCGACAGUAGUCUCUACUAAUACUAGUGACCAGCGAUAAUGAUAAUUAAAUUUAAACACAUUUCUACUAUGCAAUAUUAGAAAAUUUAGAAGAUUAUUCUUGGCUGUAACAUAUUUUAAAGAAAUAUAUUUAGUUAAUAACUCAGAAGUCCUUAACUUUAAAUUUAUUUAAUUACGCAAGUUACAAUCAGCUGAAAUUUUCCGCUGUUUUUUAAAAUAUUUAUUUCGCAUAGUGACGUUAUUUAUUUAUUAUAUAAUUACUGAAACUCAAUAAAAUUCAAAUAGAAUAUAUCAAUAUAAGUAUAAAUGGAUAAUAUAUACUUCAGCCAAUUAAAAUUAUAAAAAUAUCACUUUAUUGUUUUAUUAUUAAUUUUAAAGUCGGGAUAAUUAAAAUUAAGCUUAUUUGUUUGCCAUAGCAUUAGUCGGUACUUUUAUAUGCAAAUCGUGAUAAAUUUCAUGAUUAGAGUCUCCAUUUGGAUACAUUACUUUAGACAAACAAAUAACUCCUUGAUAAAUCGGGAAAUUAAAAUCAUUUGACAAUAUUCAUACUACUAUUUAAUUUUCUUUGUGAGACUUAUAUUUUUUGUUUUUUUGGAAAUCUGCGAAGCUUUCAAGGGAUACUCCGCGCUGAAUAAGUUUCCAAAAAUAUUUUUUUUAAUAGUAAUUUCAAAUUUUGUAAUAAUUUUAAUUUUUUUUACAAAUCCUUAAACCAAUGAAACAAAUUAUUAAAAUAUAAUAAAUAAUUUUUUUCAAUUAAAAAAAAAAGUUAAAAAAUAAAUAACCCACCCACAAAAUCUAUGGUACUUAUAAGUACCAUUUCUCUAUCGUCGGACUGCAGAGAGUUAAUAUAAACUGGUAUUCUCAAAAGUAAAAACAAGAAAUUGCGCUGACUCUACUUUCUUUUAUCGCUUAGUCCAGUAUACCAAUUAAAACUGUACACCUCCAACAGACACCUCAGUCAUGGAAGAGGUACCUCUAUAGUGUAGUUAAGCUACAAGAAUUAAUUUUCUCUUUUCUGAAAUAAAUAGUAAAUGCUUUUAGAUUGAUAAAUGCCAUGUUGUUUACUUUCUUUCUUUUUAUUAGGAAUCGACAAGAUGACAGAAAGAUCUGCACCGGAUGAAAUCCAUCAUCAGGCCACUCUUAAAGAACUAGCGGAGAAUGUCCAACCUCGUAAUGAAAUACAAGAACCAAUCGGCAGUGAGAGUGAUGAAGGAGGUUCUAAAUCAUCUGCUGCCACCAAAGGGAGUCCCAGCAAGGCAAACAAAUCUAGUCCAAAGUUAGAAAAGUCUAACAGUUUGGUAAGUUAGGAAAAUGAGUCCCAGAGAGCUUUGGAGACUUUCUUGUUAGAUUAUUCUUUUCUGAGACCCUUUGAGAUCAUAACUACAUUAUUUUAUAACUUAUUUAAGGCUUUAAAUUCUGAGGUGGUAUUAUUGUUAAAUUAACAUUUAUGAAAAUUAAAACUGUUGUUGUUGUUAAGUCAUGAUGUUUCUGUAGAUUUGUAUUUUAUUUAGUUAACCCAUUCAGUACAUCACAUUUUUUCAGAGGAACUUAGUAAAAUUAAGGGACUAAAAUUCCAUUCGACCUGAUUAUUUUUAACUUAAAAUUCCCACUUUCUGUUUAUCAAACCUUUGCCAUGUAGCAUAUCAGAAUUUAAUAAAUUGAACAAGGAAUACGUUUUUAUUAUAAAAUAGUGAUAGCAAAUUAUAUAGAGAAAAACUUGCGGGGUAAUGUGACAGUGUUAUAUAAAAGUAACAUUAAAAAAAACAACAACAAUUCUACCCACCAGCCAAUAAAUCAGGUAAGAAUAAUCCAAUUAAACCUUAUUAUUAUUUAUAUAUCCAAAGUAUGAGGAAAGUUUUGUUGCAAUAACUCAAGAAAUUGCUAAGUUAUGCAUUUUUUCUCAAAACAAGUGGCAUAAUUUUGGUCUCUUCAUGGCUGGAGAAAUAUAUUUCUCAUCCUUACUAUCAAAGAGCAAUCUUUCAUCCAAAUCCUCUUCAUCAUGUUUUCAUUCAAAUCCAAUGAAUCAUUGAAGCCGUUCCAGGUCUCUGGUUGACAAGUCUGUUGUGGCUUGCCGAUUAGGAGGCGUCGGCCACCGACCCCCUCGGCGUUUGCCUGGAAACAUAACUACUGGACACGCCCCAAGUGGGCAGACAAAGGGUGUGCUCGGUACCUGCCGUACAUAAAACAGCUCCCACAGGGCUGCCGGCUGUGAUAUUCUGCAGUCGGAAAGUUAGGCAGAGCCAGGGUAGGGAUCAUGAUUACAAGUUGCCGUUGACGGGUAUGAGGCCAGAGGCGAGGGUGGUAACCUCUGGCCGAGGAUUCAAAUAAUGCAGCCGUGAGAACGCUGCCCCUAGGCAACCGUUUCGUCCCAGCUACAGCGUGAACUAGUCGCGUUGUGGAAACCCACUGUGGAAUCCCUCUUAUAGGGCGUCCGACGCUUUCCCGGGAUGGGUGGGGGAAGAUAUUAGGACGUAAAUUUGUCCAUCCCAACUCCUGAGAAAGUCGAUCGAGUGCACUGUUUAAACGCAUAGUGUCGGAUCGACCGGGUGCCUCCUGGGCGCCCAGGUGAGGAACUUGGGUGAGGGGCCCGUGUGGGGGCCGUCCUGACGAGUGGGCAUCUCCAACGUGCCGCUCCGCGGCCCAAUACGUCGGACUGGGGAGGGGUAAUUUGGGGGGGGGGGCAUAAGAGUCUAGACUCGUCCCGCUGACGCCAUUUCUUAAUGUAACAUUUCAUUGAAGUUAAUUAGUUGGCUUGCUUCUCUGGCAGUCAUACAUCUAACUUGAGUGAGCAGACCUAAUAUUAGUAUCGGUACAACUUGUUGAAGCUAUACCAAUCAGCUGAUGUUUCUUUACAAUUUUUAAAACGUGAAAAAACUAGCAAAAAUACACUAAACAUGGUACAAUGCGCCAGAAAUUUCAAAGAAAGGAAGUUGAAACUCUUCUCAAUAGAAGUUUAGAAAGCUAUAAAUAUAAUAUUUUACUGUAAAAGUUAAAGUACAAAACAUGAAACAAACUUGUGAUGACGCACUCUGUGGUUAAACAUAUUCAGUUGAAAUCGGGGAGACGCACACUGCGGAAAAAAUGUAUUGCAUGGGCUAAGCUAUGUUUUUUGCUCAAGUGAAGUUCUAGGACAUAACAUAUUGAAUGCCUAAAAUGUUUUACUUUUUAAACAUUGUUGCUUAACAUUAAGAAUUUUUCCAUAAUAAAUAAGAGAAACAAAGUGACUUAAAUAUUUGUCUUGUUUCAGUCAUCACCACCUCAGACACCAACAACCCCGGGGUCAACGGCUACAACACCAACAGAGACCAGCAAGUCUCAGGUUACUAAAGGUGGAUCAACAACACCAGGACAGUGGGUGGCUUCUCCAGAAUGGGUAUCUUUGAAUCUAACGUCUGUUUUUGUUGUACAUUUAAGAUAUUCAACUUUAUUGGUAGAGAUUGUCUUGUCCACAUUGUCUGAGAUAGAAACUACUUUUACUAAAAAGUACUUAAAUUUGCAUAUUAAUGUACAUUUUGUGUACAUAAUUGACAUUCUCAUGUGAACAGGUUCAGUCUUGGAAACAAAAACUACCACUUCAAACAAUUAUGAGAAUGCUUCAAGUAUUGGUGCCGCAAGUUGAAAAGAUUUGUAUAGAUAAGUGAGUUGAAAAUAUUUGAAUUUAUUUAAGUUCUGAUUUUAUUUGAAUCAAUUUUUAAUAAGAUAUUUGGACAUUUCAAACACUAGAAAAAUAUUCAUUGAUCUUUAUCACAUGAACUGAAACAUGUUGUUUUUACAAAAUGUGCUUACCAGAAGGUGUAUAUUUUAGGGGUCUAACAGAUGAGACUGAAAUACUCAAGUUCCUCCAACACGGCACUCUUGUUGGUUUGCUACCAGUGCCGCACCCAAUCCUCAUUCGCAAAUACCAAGCUAACAGCGGCACCACAAUGUGGUUCAGAACUUACUUGUGGGGUGUCAUAUAUCUAAGGUAAGUAAAAACCGAUGUAUUCCCAUUGAUUGCCAUAUGAUAUAGUCAAAUACAAAUUCCAAGGAAUCAUUUUCUGACAUAGAACUGUAAAUAUUUUAAAGGCCUUCGGUGAAAUAUUCAUCUCUAAAUGAGAAAAAAAAUAUUUUAAAAAAAUUAUUUGUUUUAUAAGUUGUCUUUUUCUUGUAAUCCUUGUUAUCUUUAAUUUCUACAAUUUCGGGAUCACCAAAUGAAUCAAGUUCAUUAGACCAACUGUUAACCAGGAUUAAAUGAGUCACAUUAAAUAUCUAUCAUUGUUUAAACAAUCUCUCAUACUGAUUGGUUUCACUUUCAGAAAUGUGGACCCACCCAUCUGGUAUGAUACCAAUGUCAAGCUCUUUGAGAUUCAGCGAGUGUGAAAUGAGGACGCACUCAUUCAAAUGUCUGACUUUUUGUGAAGAUAAGUUGAUUUUGAGUAAAAUAAAGUUAUAAUCAGAACUGCACAGUUAAAUAAUGUACAAUUUUGUGAUUUAAUAUCAACUCAUGUGAGAUCACAUAUUUUUUAAAUACUAAAUUUAGUCUGUAAUUGUAACUGAAGACUUAUUUUACAAAGACAAAGUCUUUUAAGUCAUGCAUUUGUGAAACAGUCUUUUACCAACCAUUGGUAACUUGAUAUAAGUUUGGGCCAAAAGUAUAUAUUUUCAUUUAUGGGAUAAAGUCACAACUUACUCAUCAGGGCUGAGUGGCAUGCAGUUUUUUACCUUUGGUCCAGGUAUUUUGAGAGUCCAUGUUCGGUUGUUAGCUUCUCAUUUUCUAUAAUGUGUUCCACCCAAUGGGGAGAAGUGAAAAGUGCAUGUAUAGAAUCUGCAGCAAUCAGGACAGCUUCAAAGUUGAAGGCUUUAAAUCAUUAAUAGCAACUCUCUACAUUUUUAGUGCAUUAUAACAUUUGCCUAGUUGAGGCGACCCACAACCAGAAGUAUACCUUGAAAUUAUAAAACAAUUGUUGAGAAGGGGCGAUGGACCAUAGCUUUUUUGUAGAUAUAAUGUUUUGAUCUUGUAAUUUUGAUGGAAGUGGGGGGUGGGGAUGUGAAAGCAAAAAUGAGGGAUAAGAAGGGUGAAGGAUUCUGUUCAGGGGGGCUUCCCAGAAAAUGUUUGAUAAAUCACACACCUGGUUAUAGGUGUCCGUGGAAGCUGCCAACUUUUAAGUUUCGCCAAAACCACCAAAAAAAAAAAAUUUUUUAAAUUAAAAUCUUGCAUAAUGUAAUUAAAAUAAAGUACCAAAAUAUUUAUAUUAAAUAAGCUGGUGAUAUCUAUUAAAUUAAUCAUUUUUUAUUAUUUUAUUUAAUAUAGCUGUAGUGUAGUCAGAGUGUAGUAGCAAUAGAAAACUGGUAUGAUCACUUAGGGGAUUUAUAUUAAAAUUUUAAAAUGAAGAUUCAAAUAAGAAAAAAAAUUCAAAUUUUGCACAUAAAGCACCUCCCAAAUUUUCAGAAAUUCUCAAGUGACCCCUUACUUUUUGUGAGGUGACUGCUAAAUGGGGUUGUGACCCUCAGGUGAGAGCCACUACUCUAAACCAUAAAAAUAGCAAAUAUGAAACUUAGAGUUGAACUUCGUUAUAUGCAUCAGUGUUGCUGGUCGCCAGCUGGUAGCAGUUUUCUUUUUUUUAAUACAAACAUACACACACAAUAUUUUUUAAAUUAAUAUUUAAAUCACCAUACUGUACCAUGCUAGCCAUCCUUCAGAUAAGGCAAUUGCUUUACUUAUUAAAUGAAUGUUAAAUUACAUUACUAGUAAUGAAUUCUAUGAGAGAACUUAGAAAUGAUACUCAUUCACACACACACAUAAAAACUUUGGCCACUUAGUAUCACCAGUCAGUAAGCAUGUGAAAUGUAAUAUUAAUUAUAACUAAAAAGUCACAGGGUCAUAAAUAAAAAUAUGCACCUUGCUAAGACAAAUAAUUACACAAUUCGCAGCAAGUACAUUAUUUUCAGAGCUUUUUAGUUUUAUUUAACUGUCAUUUGGCGAGUCACUUUUCUAUUAUUUAUUUAAUUCAGGUAAAAUUUUCAAAAAAUUAUGUAACAAGAUGUAUUGGUUCUAUGCCUGGCCUUUUCAUUACUCCCCAUUGGGUGGAACAUAUUAUAGAAAAUGAGAAGAUGACUCUUUUUUUAACACCUGGACCCAGUUUUGUUUUUUUGCAGGGUCGUGGUAUGUGCCAGGUGUGCUAAUACUCAGCACUUCCAGGUAUCCAGGGUCAGUACCCAGCUCAGCCCUAUUACUUAUGACUGAAGUUAGAAUAGGUUGUUAUUUUUUAUUCCCUCUCUUUAAUUGAAAUGAUCUAAAAUAAUUUAGAUAAAAGAUCUUUUUUUUAAAAUGUGGCAACCAUGGACAAGUUUUUAAAAAUUUGAAGGCUCAUAAAUAAAGUUGAUAUAUUUUCAUGACUUGAAAAGAUCUUGCUCCCUAUCAUAAGACUUCAAGUAAAAUUUUAUUUUAAAUGUAACUCAAAUCUAUACCUUCAUUUGUUUUUUGAAAUUAUGUGUAAAAGUACUUGUUAAUUUAUUUUAAAACCAUAAAAAACCCACUUUUAAAUUUUUAACCAUUUAGUCUCAUCAUGAUGCAUUUUUUAAUCAAUAUGAACACUGGCCUAAUUUUUUAAAAUAAAACUGCAAAAUGACCAGCAAGGCAAUGAUGUAAAUUUUUUCAGCAAGAGACAGAGUGGUCAUUCAUUUAUUGUUGAGUCAUUGAGAUUCAUUGAUCUUUUGAAACUGAAUCUCAUUAUAAAAAGUAAAGUACAAUUAAUAAAGCUACUUUAAUAAAAAGAAGCUAUUGAUAUGGUUGGAUUUCCUUGUUUGUUUGAAAUGACAUCAAAAAAUUAUCUGCAGUUUUAGUUUUUUUUCCCAAUUAAUGUAUGUUGUGUUCAAUGAUUUUAUGAAGAUGGGAUAUUGUAGUGGGAUAAACAUUAGCAUUAGAAAUUACUUUUGAAAAGUGGUACUUGUAUUUUUAAGGGUGUUUUUUGUGUGUCCAAGUUGAUGCAUGGGAUAAAUGUAUUUUUCUGUUUACUACAAAUGGAUUUAUUUCGUUGGAAUAAUUUUUAAACUGUUAAUUGAAAUAGCAUUUUAUUUAUAUUAAUUUUAUGAUCUCCUGAAAAGAGUGAUUCCCUUAUUUGUAAAUGGGUUUGAACACCUGGUGGAAAGAAUGGAUAAUCUCCCAUACAAGUGUAAUAUGUUAUUUCAAAACCAUCCAGAAGGAGUGGAUUAUCUCCCAUAUAAGGAUAUCCUGUGUCAAGAACAACUAGUCCAACUACUGACAUUACAGUUUAUUUUUUACAUGUUUUAAGAUCAAGAUUUGUUGUAAAAGUCUUGUGACAAAUUAAUAUUGUUUUGUAUACAUGUUAAACAUCAAAAGUUAUAUCAUAUAAAUCAUUCCCAUUUUCCAUUGUGCAAUAAUACACAAGUUAUCAGUUAACACUGCCAGCUUCCAUCACCUUCCUAUAUUUCAAUCAUACAUAUAGCUUUUUAGAUUAAAUAUUAUGCUGUAAUAUUUACACAAAGUGCAAAAAUUACAGAAUUUAUAGAAAACAAACAGAAGACACAAUAAUAUCUAUUAUUAUUAUAGCUCCAAUAUAUUCAACUCUUUUAGUAUAUUGGUUGUUGAUUGAUUUUCCAUCAGUUGACAUGUUAAGCUCUGAUUUCGAUGUUGUCUAUUAUUAUGAUUUCAGUUUAAUUUACUGUGAUAAUUUUACAUGUCCAUAUUGAAUUGUUGUGAUGUACAGAACAUGUUUAGUUAUUAGUAGAUCUGGAGAUAUCUUGAUAUCAUUUGUUAUUUUUACUCCAUACUUGGAACCCUUCAUUAUGUGAAAAUACCUUAAAUUCAAUCACUGCCGAUAGAGAUGGUAUUGUUUUAAAAGUAAGUUUCUAUUUUAUAAAUGCUUAAUUUGAAAUCAGCAGCCACACUAGCUUUAAUCCCAUCAAAAAUAUCCAGUCAUGUGGUUGCUACCAGAUAUAAUUUGACUAUCCAUCUUUUUUUUUGCAAAUGACAAUCUGUAUAAGACUCUGUUACAGCUUUGUGGGUAUUAUGUUGGUGAAACAGUUCUUGUAGUGGGUGUAAAUGUUAUUUCAUGUGUGUAUUGGGUGUGAUGAAUCUUUACACCAAUAGCUCAAAUCUAUUUAAGGUAAUCAUUCCUGUGUCUGUAUAUUUAAUUUAUGGUCAAUAAAAUACAAGUGAAAAAAAAUUGGAGUAAGUUUUCAAAAAAUGUUUAAUUAAUAAAUUGUGCAAGCUAAUGAGCA